AUGAACACAUUACUGUCUAUAUGUUGUGCACUGAUCUGGAUUCCAUGUAUGUAUCAGUUCUGCUUAUUAGUCAUUUAUAAUGUUUACUCAGUUUGUUUCUCACAUGUAUUUUCACUCUCCUAGAUGCUGAAUCUCAGACACUAUUGCUGACACCAUCAAACCCUAUAGUGAAUGUUGGGGAAAGUGUAACUUUUACCUGUAACACUGGAGUUAAGGAUGGAGACCAGGUUGUUUUAUUAAAACAGGUUGCCAGGAGAAGCUCCCCAGCUUAUUAUAUACAAUCACCAUUCAUUUUCUUCUCCAAGAUAUGGACCUGGAAUAUCUUCAGAUCGUUUUACUGCCUCCAUUAA